GGGGCCAAGUGUCUGUUGCCUAGUAAACAAAAUGGCUUCGUUUGUCCGAGAUCAUCAGUUCUCGAAUGAAAAAUGAUUGCUUUUUAUUGGUUUUAAAAUCACCAAAGCGUGCUACCACUGUUAUGUCUCAAUUUAACCUACCAACGGAAUGGUUUGAAGUAACGAAGCCGUAAGUGAUUGCAUUCGAAAGGAAAUGUACUGACUUUAUGAUGUUGACAUGGCGUUCGCACAAUUUAGACAUGGCUUUGUUAUCAAAUUGGUCGCGAUAAGGCAUGUCUAAGCUUGCAAGUCUUUCCUCCAAGGGGAAUAAAGCCUUUUCUCGUGAUGAACUCAUUCAAGCUAUUGCCUAUUACUCUGAGGCAUUAGAGAUUGAGCCCGAUGAUGAGGAUGUACUGGGAUGUAGGUCAGCAGUCUACACCAAGCUGGGCAUGUUCAAUGAAGCAAGGAAGGAUGCAGACAGGCUUAUAGCAAAUGUGCCUGAUAAGCCAAAGGGAUACUUUCUCCAAGCUGCCGCUCUACAAAACCUUGGUAACCAUAGCAGCGCAUUACUUGCAUACCUGAAAACAUAUGAGUUAGACACCAAUCACCCUUUAGAGAUUGUGCUGAACAUUGUUCAGGCUGCAGGGUGUUUAUGUCAGAUGACGGAAGAUGAUGAGAUCAACCUAUCAGAGACAGAACAAGAGGAGAGUAAGAAGUUCCAAAUUCUUGUUCAAAUUGGAAAACGCCUCUUCACAAGCAAUUCGUACGACAUGUGCAUUUCUGUUCUGGGGACUGCCCUGAAGGCUCACCACAACAUCACAAACCAAACUGACCUGUUUGGUCAAAACACCCCAAGCAGUGAUGCUACUUCAACUGAGCACAGAAACACAACUGGAGCUAUCAGCAAAGAUACCACACCCAACUACCCUAGCAACCAAUUCCCAGCCAUGUACCUAACUACUGGUUUCCAUGGAGAUGAUCACGGGUCUAAUUGGGGCACUAAUGAUCAGCUACCAUUUGAUGAAUCGCUUGUUUUGAUGUCUGCAUUAUUGACCAUUGCACAGGCUCACGUUUCGAUGAGACAGUAUCCACAGGCGAUGGUGUUUACCAAGAAAUGCAUGGAGCAUGCAAUUAUUUGCGAUAUUAAGGAGUAUGAAUUAAAAUCUUACGUUAAGCUUGCAAAUAUCUCACAGAGACUUGGCGACUACUUAGAGGCCAUUUCUUACAAUGCAAAAUUCCUAGCUAUUGGACGAGACAUUUCAAUGUUGACUGAGUUCCCACAAGAGCUUGCACAUGUUUGGAACCACGACGAGGAGAGAAAGGCAUUGUGGAACCUUUCUCUUGCUUACAAGUGUCUCGGGGACUAUGAAAAGGCCUUGGGGUACGCCAAUGAGUAUAUUGAGGUGGUGAAGUGUGUAGAUGAAGAAAACUUGAUUGAAGCAUACGCUAACCUUGGGAUGCUCCAGAUUGCGCUUGGAGGUCACGAUAAGGCACUUGACUCGCACAGCAUGGAGCUAAGGAUCGCUAAGAAGUUCGCUAAUAAAACUGCGAUGGCUUAUGCCUAUGGGAACAUUGCUAAUGUACAUGCUGAGUCAGGAAACUUCGCUCAGGCUGAGGUGAACCAUGAGCAGCAUCUCAAACUUGCAAAGAACCUUAACGAUAGAGUGUGUGAGUUGGUGUCUAUCAAGCAAUUUGGGGAUAUGCACAGAUUAAAGUGUGAUUACAGCAAAGCUUUGGAUUACUACGAGACACACCUGAGCCUGGCUAAAGUUAAUGGGCUAGAGGACACGCAGUGUACAGCUUACAGGCUGAUAGGGCAAUGUUACUGGUGCCUUAACCAGCUGAACCAUUCACAGCAUUACUACGAGAGGUGUCUUGAGCUCUCAUGCCAACUAGGAAACAAGGAGGAUGGUCUAGAGGCGAGGCACUCGCUGGCAAGGAUUAUGAAAUCUUUGCGACAGUACGAGAAAUCACGGCAGUAUUUUAACGAUGUGAUACCAGUACUAGAGCACAGAUUGCAUCUGAAACAAGGCAAGGACUUAGUUCUACAUGACGCACUAGCGAUCAAAUUACAGCAGUGUUACAACGAGCUCCAAGAAGUACUCGCAGAGAUAGAACAGUUUGAUCAAGCUCUGGAAUUAAGUGAGCAUUGUAAGGCGCGGCUGUUGGUCAAUAUUCUACGCCAUAAAAGCAUUAUAACUGGACGACAAAGAGUUCCUGAACUUUCUCCACACACGGCUGAAGAAAUCAUCCGAAUUGUCAACAGCCAGCAAGCGCAUGUCAUUGUGUACUCUGUUGUCGAUAGUGGAUUCAUGGGCUGGCUUCUCUCCCCCGGUAAAGGGAUGACCAAGUUCCACAGAUACAAGAAUUGUGAACACAAGGAUCUUGACGAGAGGAUCAAGGGAUGCAUCGAGGAAAUCCAUGGGGAUCACACCACGACAUACAAAUGUGACCACAGAGCUCUUCCUAAUGCAGCCCGCUUAGAGGGCAAACGAGACUCGAAGGUGUACAAAACGCAACUUGGUGUCACCACUGAUUUUAAGGGGACGGAGGAGGAAAACAAAAGCGAAUCAACGGUGUUCCAACACCAACACGAAAACACCACUGCUCCAAUGAAAGAAGAGGCCGAGCAUGCAACACAGAGCUCUUGCUUCAUGUGUACAUUUACACGAGACAACUUCUCACCGCUGCAGAAACUCUACCAGAUACUGAUCUUGCCUUUCGAGGAAUUUCUCACAGAAGGAGACAAGUUAGUGGUGGUACCAGAUGGGGUACUUAGCAUGGUGCCUUUCCCUUCCCUGCAAUCGACACAAGGACGGCACCUUUACGAGACACUCCAUGUGUCAAUCUUACCCUGUAUUCGAGUAAUCUCCCUGGCAACCCGUAAACACCAACCUGACUCAUCAGGAGACAUUCUUGUUGCAGGGAAUGCUACCAUACCCAAUGUUACCCUUGACCAGGAAACAUGGUGCUCGUCCAGGAAGUCAGAGCUGGCCGAGGAAGAACUGAACUCUGUGUCAACCCUCCUUGGGACCACGCCCAUCACUGGGGUACAUGCCACAAAAGAGUGUGUUCUGGAAGCACUGGGCCCAUCCUCGGUUGUGCACCUCACUGCGUUCGGAAGCUGGCAAAGAGGAUGUCUUGCAUUUGCUCCUAAUCCCUUCUCUAUGGGUGAGGUGGCACAGGAAGAUGCUUAUUUAUUGACGCUAGCUGAUUUGGCGGCGAUUGAUAUGCAAGCCAAGGUUGUGGUCCUGAGUAGCUGUUGUAGUUGCAGCCACAAGUUCUGUUACCUGAAGCAAGCAUCCUUCACGCUAGCCACCGCACUUCUCGCGGCUGGUGCAGUCUCGGUCGUCAUGCCACUAUGGUCCUUGCCUCAGCCUGUGCUUCUCAAGCUAUACUAUUACUUUUACACGGCGCUAGAGAUGGGCAAGACCGUUGUAGAAGCACUUAGGGAUUCUUUACAGCGUGUCAAGGCUAAAAACUCGGACCCAGCGUCCUGGGCCUCACAUAUCGUACUCGGCAAUGACACCACAGUGAACCUUCAGCAACUACGGCAUAAACUCUACGACAAAACUUUAGACACUCACGUCCACCGCGUGGCAACCGAGCGCUUUGGCCUUAGUAACGACCUUAGCAACCAAGAGACAAAUACAGUCCUCAGCGGACCAGACAAAAUAAGGCGUUUCAGGAGUCUGUUGACGAGUCUGAUGUUGCAGCACGUGACCCUACCACGUGUUCUUCCAGCCCUUCGAGACUUGAUAAAGCUUGCAAACAGUAUGUUGUCAGCUUACGAAGAAGGUCAGCGGUUGGACAAAUUGACCAUGUGCGCGCAGCUGAGUUCAGAAGUGCUGGACGCCCCAUACAGCCGUGAUUUCCUCUUGGUCAUAGGGUUCAACUUCCAGAAGGACGGCGCGCACGAUAGGGACCCCUUUGUGGUGUUUCCGCACUGGGACUACGACAGCACGAUGGAUGUAACAGCUCAUAUACUGGACGCCGUAUGCCUCAUGUAUGAUGUGUCUGGCUUGUGCGGCCAUAGCCUUGCUCGUAUCCUGGGCUCCCUCACCGCCGCUGACAUGGACAGGCUUAAAGAAAUCGUAAGCAUAACUACACGAUACCCCGCCCGUAUCGUGAAGACUAAUGACUAUGCCGUGCGCCCACUGUGGUACAACUCCGAGACUCAGCGGUUCAUGACGUCAUUAGGGUUUUAUGACGUCGGCCAGUCACUGUUGUUCAACAAGAACGCCGCUAACCAAUCCUUGCUGAAAGCAGCCCUGCAGAUAAUCAGCGGCUUGAUAGCCUACCCUGACAUGGGACAGGCCCGUGUGCGGUCGUCAUCACGAGAGCUGUGCUCCGAGGACAGCAGGCGCGUAAAGUUGACGUCACUCUCCCCUCUCAUAACAGCGUCGAAACAGGUUGUCAUGGGGACCCCGUGGAUGUCCAAGCGGGCACCACCCGAUGAAGCACAACUCAAGCUCAAGCUUGCGAGAGAACUUGAGGCCAUCAAAAAAGACUUUCGUCGCGUUGUCACCAGUUCAAACUACUGGCACGCUCAACUUCUAAGGACACAGUCAUCUAUUGAUCGAAGUCUGCCUGUGAUUGGUCGAGAACCUAAAACCUUACAACCACGUGACAACACAAGCCCACAAAGAAAGGUCAAAGUUGUCAGCGGACUCACCCCCUCGUGCAACCGAAGAUUGGCAGAAGAAGAACCGAGUCUAUCUAUCGCCGAGUCACGUGAUAGACGUAAUGCAGUGUAUAAGGUUUAUGCCCAGCGGUACGACGAGAUAACAUUGCGCAAGCGCACUGAGAUAAGAGACUUAUUCAUGUCACAUGCCCAAGGACCGACCUGACGUAAGCGGGAAAUAGGUACUAGAUAUUAAUACAUGGAUUCAGAAUGUAAAAUGAUAAAUUAACAGUGUGUGUUUCGAAUGUAUUUUUAUAUAUAUAGUAAUAAAACAAAGAGCAACAUA